GAGAGGAGAAAAAGAAGAAGAAGAAAAAAAACAACAAUGGUGGAGAGACUGCCCGAGCAGGAUCUGAAAAAUGAUCGUCGGAGGAACAGGAAGAAAAGCCGCGUCAAAGAUGCUCUUCCCGAGCCAUCACCACCAUCAGCAUCACCAACGAUCGAAUUGAGAGAAGGUAUGUCCACGUUCGAUCAAGAUGAGUACAUGUCUAUGAAAAAGACGGAUAGCUCUGGCUCAUGGAGAGUUACCUGUGCUGAUAAGGUCAUCGAUGUUAAUGAGCUAAUCGAUGCUAAUGAGCUAAUCGAUACUGAAAGAGUUUGCAAUGGGAUUGGGGUUUUGAGGACUCGUAAGUUUUAUCAAGGUGAAGAAAGAGUUUUAACUCCUUGGGUAAUGUACGAGUUCCAUUUGUCUUUAUGGGAUUCUGAUGACUCUGAUGAGGUGUCAAAGGUGAACUUUAUGUGGAGGACUUAUGUAAUCUGUACCGUAAUAUAUACGGGUGAACAAGGUGGUGGUAGUCCCUCCGCGCCUGAUGAAGCGAGUCCUCCUGCUUCUGAUAUGCAUCUCGAACCUGUUUCUGAUAUGCUUUUCGAACCUGAUCAUGAGGAUCCAAUUCAUGAACACGAAGAAUUCUUUUCGUGUGAGGAGGUACUGGCGGACUCAAACACAAACACGGUGAUCGGUGACAGCAACAUCCCUGAUGCGCAGGGAUUGUGUAUUGCAGAGGAAACAAUACAGAGAACCCCCAAGAAACCAACGACGUGUACCUCUCUCAGGAACAUGAUCGUAAGCAUCGUCCUCUUGCUCGCUCUCACUGGCAAAACCAUACCACCAGUCUCUUUCUAUAUGGCCCCUGCUUUGUCAUUCAAAUCAGUCCCCAACCACCCUAUGAUGCUAGAAAACUCAAAGAUAACAACUACCGUUGGCCUCUGUGAGCCCUGUCCCUGCUUCAAUGACGUUGAAACGAACUCGAUUUUGUCCUCGUCAUCCCUUUCCUGCGACACGCAAACAAACACGGCCACAUUCCUAAUGAGAGCCACUGACUCUCCGACUCAAGCUAAAGUCCAUCAAGUGUUCAUAAAUUUCCGGGGAGAGGAACUGCGCAACAACUUUGUCAGCCACCUCGCUGAUGCCUUGGAGAGGCACAGAAUCAAGUUGUUUAUAGACACGUACGAGCAGCGAGGCAAAGACCUAAACAAUCUCUUUGUACGAAUCGAAGAGUCCAGCAUUGCACUAGCCAUCUUCUCUACUAGAUAUCCAGAAUCAAGCUGGUGUAUGGAUGAGUUGGUGAAAAUGAAAGAACGUAUGGAUCUACGAAAGCUCAGCGUCAUUCCAAUAUUCUACAAAGUAGAGGCAGACGACGUUGCAAAACCAACAGGUGACAGUGAGUUUGGUAAAAACUUCUGGAGGCUCGCAGAAGCGUCUAGUGGAGUACAGAUCAAGAAAUGGAAAGAAGCCUUGGAAGGAAUUACCAAUAAGAUAGGUUUGUCUGUACGAGACUACAGUGUUGAAUCCGAUUCUAUCAAGGGAAUUGUUAAGGAGGUGCAGAGAGUGAUAGAAUUAAUUGGAGUCGAUGAAGAAGAGUCAUUUUUGGAAAAAAAAACUUAGGUCGCCCAUUUGAUUGAAUUUCUCGAAUUUUAGAGGAUGAGCAAAACCAAAAUGUGGUGAGAAUUCAUUUGAAUUUCUUUUUGUUC